GAUAAAUAUCAUGUACGAAGUAUCAAUCGUUAACCGAAUUUGAAGUAUCAAAGAUGGAAGCAAGUCGAUUAUUUAACUCUGCCAUAAGAAUAAAACUAGAGCCCGUUGACGUUUCGCUAAGAGAACAUGAUGAUCGUGAUGCAAUUGGCAAGAUACCCGACCAUGAAAAUAUUCAAAUUUCCACAUUCCUGCUGAAAAAUCAAACUUGUAAGCUUGAAAAAUGUGACAAAAAUCAAGAAACUGAACUUGAUGACGAUAUGCAGAUUGUAUUGGAAUGCCAAGACGUAAAGCCUACCUGGAAUAUUUUAGCAGCCGAGAAAAUUGAAGAUAAAACCCUUGUCAAAGUAGAAACUUUGGGGGCAGUAAAAAAAGAGUUUAUUGUCGAUGAAGCAGAAAAAUGUAUGAAUUUCAACUAUGAACUGGGUGAGCACAGUCAAGAAAGAAAUGUCACAAAAGAUUGCAACAUAGGACACAAACGCAAAGUACGUUCCAGUACGGAUAUCAGUGACAUCACGCAUAAUUGCGACACGUGUGGGAAAGCAUUCGGGCGAAAGUAUUCUAUCAAACGUCAUAUAGAUGCAGUGCACAAGAAAAAGACUCAUACAUGUGAGACAUGCGGAAACACAUUCACACGAAAGAAUGAUAUGACAAGACACAUUGCUUCGGUUCAUGGUAAAAUCAGACACAAAUGUGAUUUGUGCGAAAAGAAGUUCUCGCGGAAGAUAAUUUUAAAACAACACGUCGAUAGAGUCCAUAGAGAAAUCACUCAUGAAUGUGACUUAUGUGGUAAGAAAUUUUCGUUUAAGAGUCAACUCAAACAACACGUCGAUGCAACGCAUAAAGGCGUCGAACCAGCAUGUAACGUAUGCGGUAAGAAAUUUGCGUCGAAGAGAAGUAUUAAACGCCACGUCGAUGCAACGCAUAAAGGUGUCAAACCAGCGUGUGACGUAUGCGGAAAGACAUUCGUCAGAAAAGAUAUUCUCAAUGUUCACAUAGAUUCAGUGCACAAGAAAAAGACUCAUACAUGUGAUACAUGCGGAAAGUCCUUUACUCACAAAAGUAGUCUCAGUACCCACAUCACAUCACAUCAUUCACACAGAAAGGCCAAAUAAAUCGAUAAAAUCAUUGUUUGAUUUUUCCAAAAAUCUCGUAUGACGAUCCAGUCUGUUAAUCCAGAAGAUACAUACUUUUUAUCCAUUAUAAUAUUACGAUGUAUUUCCGUUAUUUUAACUCACGAAGUACAAAAAAAUUUUUAAUUUU